AUGUCCAUUUUAGUAGAAUGCAAAAAAUUGUGCUUACGGCGAUGUAUGGCUGCUCUCGUAUAUAGCAUAGCUAUGCAAUACAUGCUGCUUGGAGUAUUCCUCUUCUUCAUCAACUUUCAAGUUCUGCAUCCUUUGAAGUGGGUAGCAGACACUGUGGGUUUAUUUUUUUCAUUUUACACCUGGUUCAGCAUUUUGCCCCUGAUUGGAGCAGUUAUUUUAUACUGUAUAUUACUGGGUAAAUCCUUUCUGGUAGUCAAGCGUUAUUACGCUACACGGUUUCAAUGGUUAGUAUAUACUGCUCCGCGCAAAGCAUUGUUCCUCGUAUUGCAUCUACUGGUGGGUUAUUUGACAGCAUGGCUAUAUGCUAAUUUUUGGCACGUCGAUUACAGAAAUUUUGUUUGCGACUGCUACGGCACAAAGUGUAUCAACGGACGUUAUUUGUUCCUCGUUUGUGUUGGAAUCUUUGCAGCAUGCCUGCAUUUCGCCAAAGAGAAUUUGCGUAAAGAUCCAGAAUUAGAAUUUCCUAUCGUUCAAGAAUUAUUGUGGGUUCGAAUUCGUUCGUUAGUCUAUCGAACGCUGUAUCAUUCUAUGUUGCGAUCAUUUACACCUACAAUUUGUUUUGGACUCGUUUAUUGGCUAAUUGGCGGAAUAAUUACCAGUUACUUUGCUGAUGCGUUUGGUGUAGAUGUUGAUGAGAGCAUGCAGUCUUUCUUCGCUAUUGCGGUAAACCUGCGCCUGUUGUUUUACGGCUGGAUUUUGGCUGCACAAAUCCUAAGCAACAUGCAUCUCAUGCAACACUUUUUCGCUAUACAACUUUCGGAAGAGGUCACUUUUGUUAUUGAACGGAAGCCUGUAUUGUGCGGUGUUGGCAUUGAAGAAAUAACAUUGGUCGAUGCAAUCAAUUCACCGUUAGUACCAGUGGUGCAAAAUUUGGGCGCACGAGAUUUAUAUAGAAUAUCCAGCAAUAAAGCGGAAUCGAGACGUAAAGAAAUCUAUGCGCUGUCAGUGCCCGGCGCCCACCCAUACAACUGGAACCAAUUGUCUGCGCAAUGUUUAAGUCUUAUUAACGCAUUUACGGAGGAGUUAGCAGCAUCACUUAAAAAGAUAUCAGCCGUUAAAACUACACCACUUUUUGCCACCGUUAAGCCAACAACUGCAACUGAAGCUGCUGAGAAAAUACUGCUGCGUCAGUAUAAUGAAACCUUUGGUAUCAGGCGCAUGAUGGAGGAACCUUGUCAAGAAAAUAUUGAAACAACUAUGAAGAUGUCACCUGCCUGCAAACGUAUACACGAUAAGGUGGAGAAAAUGAAGAAACAAUUAGAACAAACUUUGCGCACCGCUUUCCGAACAAUACCCGGUCUGUUUUAUAUGUUUGGCGAAACAGAAGGAGCUCGAACCGCAUUUUUACUCUCCAACUCGGAUACGAUUUUGUGGACAGUGCAAGGUUUGGCCGGCAUAUGUGCUGCCUCACUGACCGAAGACAAAUAUGGUGUGGUGCAAGUUACCCUACCACAAGUUAUCAAAUCGUUGCUUGGGCUGAAAACUGAACUAGACAAAUUGAAUAACGUAAAUUUAAAUGGUAAGAAGUUGGAUCGAAACUUUGUCGUACUUAAAAAUGGUGUAAAACGUAGUUUGUACAAUAUAUGCACAGUUUUUCGCGACUAUUUGCGCGAACUAGUCGACAGUGCUGAAGAUCUACGGAAGUUACAGUGCUAUGUGCAUUAUAUGGAGACAUAACAUUGAGUUGACUGCUGAUAAAAUAAGUUGAACACUUAGAUAUAGCUAUUUAUAUGACUGUUGUGAGAAUUGUACUUUCUGUAAUGCAAUUAAAAUUUAAGAUAACAAUAACCUUUUGAAAUUAUUUAGUGCGCGUAUUAAGUAGAAUGAACUAAAACUAUGCAGGUCUUACCACUGCGAAGCUACGGUUUUAUGAAACUAUUUAAUAUAAAUUCAUUGUGAUGGAAAUACAUAAACAAUUAUUAGUUAAGUAAAUGGUUGCCGAUUCUCAUCAGUUUAAAUUAACUCAAGGGUAGAGUGUACGUUACAAUACCUUUAGAUAUUUAAAUUAUGUCACUUGUAUUUUUUUGUCCAUUGUUGGUAUCGUAACCUGAGUGUCUAUCGACCUAGUUACUAUAACUGGUCUCAUCAGUUUGCUUUUGAAUUUCUCAUCGUGCGGCACCUCAAUUUGUUUACCUUUAUUGGCGGAAAUUAAACUACUUCUUUAACUUUUAAAUAUUAUUUACCUAAAGACUUUAGAGCCUUGCUGAUUUCUUGUAUAAACUUCUCCUGAUGCUCAAUUGUUUCUUCCAUUUUUAAGAUUUUGUUUGUUAUUUUUAUGGUCGCUUGUAUUUUUUCCUCCUUUUUACGACGUUCUGAACGCACCUGUCUAUCGAAAAUAUAUUAUAUGUACAAAAUUUGUACAUUUAAACGGUCGAAUAUUAUUUCUACAACCAACCGCGAAACUUCUGAAAUUACGGCAGCACCACAGAUUAUAAAUAAAACAAGUUCACCCAACAUGCUGGCUCCCAAAUCGAUGGCCGCCGCUUCUGAAAGUGGUUUUAUUGUAUUCGGUUUACUUAUCUUCAUUGUCCACAUCUUCGUUCUUGUCUCCACUCUGUUGUAGACUUUGAAAACGUUUAUAUUUGAAUUUUCUUUUGCACGCGUUGUAUUUACUUACAUUGUGCCGGUGGUAUGCAAAAAUAAUUUCGAAAUGUCGCAUUAUUUUUCGCUUUUUGUUUUAUGAAAUGAGCCACAUAUUUACUGAGUUGACGCACUGCAAGCAUACCCAGUUUAAAAACGGGCAAUGCAGGCAUUUUGAA